UUUGCCCCUUCAGCAUGCUGGGGAAGGCCACGAGAUGGCCAAAUCCAGAACAGCAGAAACCCUGGAACAAUAUAGUGGGGAAACAGAUGUCAAAGCCACAUUGGGACAGAGCAAGAAAGGCCGCUGCAAAGGGAGGCUCUACAUACCCACCUUUGAGGAAUUCAAGCAAAUGAGAAGUAAGGAGGUGAAUUCAUCUGCCAGCAGCAGUGGGCCAACAGAAUGCUUGAAUAAGGGUCUGCCUGCAAACCAGACCCUGGAGGAGGAGAGCAAUAAGAACAUCUGUCCAGAAGCUCUGGGGACCAAAGCUGUGAAUGAAGCUGCUGUCAUAGCGGAAGAUGACAAUGAUGUGUUCCAUGAAAACCACACCUCUGCUGGCUUUUCCCAAUAUCCAGCCACGUGGGAUGGUUUCAGAAUGAGCAGCCCUGAGGUGAAGGACAGAACCUUCCAGACCUCCAGCACGGAUAGAUCCCAGGUCCCCAUUUGCUCUAGCCCUAUUCCACGAUCACAUUUGCAGGCAGUAGCAAUACAGAGAGCUGGGCAGGAGAUCUUCAGUGAUGAGCAGCAGAAAGGAGAGACAAGACAAUUAAAUGAUGUCCUCCACCUUGCAGGGCAGUCACUGGCUUCUGAAGCCCAGUCCUCUUGCUGUUCAUCGCUGCUGUUAGAAGCCACAGACUUAUCCAGCUAUGGAGCUAAACUACAGAAAAUGAAGGAUGAAUUCAUAGGUUCAGCCCUGGAACUUAUUAAGAAAAGCUGCAAUGCUGAGACUGCUGCCAAAUCCCCCUCCAAGGGACAGUGUGAUCUGAGGGAGGCUGAUAUCCCACCUCUGGAGGACAGCCAGCAGCCCACAGCGAUGUCCAUGGCAACAGAGGCCUGGGAGGACAAGCCAAGCAAUGAGACAUCCAGCGACACUCCACCUGCAGGGAAUACCCCCAGUCCUGGCUGCCGCCGAUCCAGCUCUGACAUCGUCCAUGAGAGCAUGGAUGGUGCCAAGGCCCAGCGGGAGUGCCGGCUGCGGCCGCACUUCAGUGACCCUAUGCCGACAGACUCAGUGAAGAGGAAGCAGCUGGAGCUGAAGAUUGCAGCCGCAGCACGGCAGCAUGCACAGAAGCGCCGGCAGGAGCGAGACUAUGGUCCAGUGGUAGCAAAAGCCAACCUUGGCCAUGGUGGCAGCUUUGAUGAGACCCGCCGCACCCCACGUGGCUCCCUCCGCUCCAGACAUCACUGGAGCAAUGUCAGCAGCCUUAGCACAGACAGCGGGAUUGUUGGCGUGAAUGAUGUCCGGGAUGACCUGGAUCCCAGUGAGGCCACCCGGACCAAGUCAGCAGAUGUGGAGAGGGCAGACAGUGGCAUUGGCCAGAUGCCAGCCAGAAAGUGGAGGAACAGGGCAUCUGAAACGCUGAGCUCCCUGCAGGCCUGGGAAGCCCACCGUCCCUGCACCGACUGUGGCGAAAGGGACCUCCCAGUGGAGACGGAUGUUCAGAACUGCAAUCAGAGGCGGGCUGACCUCUGCGAGAAGUGCCACAAGCGCAGGACAGAGCGCAAGGAGUCUGUGCUGGAGUUUGUCAACACAGAGGCCAGCUACGGAGAGGACCUGCGCAUCAUCAAAGAGGAGUUCUACCUCCCCAUGCAGGCAGCUGGGCUGCUGAGCCAGGAGCAGCUCCUGGGCAUCUUCAGCAACAUCCAGGAGCUCAUCGACCUCAACGAGAACUUCCUGGAGGUACUCCAGGAAGAAAUCGAUCAGGCCUUUGACCAGGGUGAUGACGACCUGAUGACCGUGUGCAUCGGUGAAAUAUUUCUAGAGUUCGUCAACAUGCUGCCAGCCUUUCAGACCUACUGUCUUCAGCAGUCCUCCUCUGUGAACAUGCUCAACACGCUGGAGAAGGAGAAAGAGUUGCUCAGAAUAUUCCUCAAUGUCUCCCAGAACGACAACACAGCACUGCGGCGAAUGAACUUGAGGUCCUUCCUGAUGGCCCCUUUGCAAAGAGUCACCAAGUACCCGCUGCUGCUCAGCAGAAUCAUCAAGGCCACCACCGAGUACCACCCAGAUCAUGGCAGCCUGCGGGAGGCCAAGAGCCGCAUCGAGUCCCACCUGGAGCACAUCAACAUGAAAACCAAGCAGGAGGGGAACACAUGGACCCUCCGCUCCUUUCGCCAGGACAGCAAGAAGAAGAGGGAAGUCAUCAACAUAGAGAUGAGAGAAACUGCCCUCAAAACUGUAGGUUGGCUGCGGGAGGAAACUCGAUUUGUGAUGGAGGGGUCUCUGCAGCUGGCCCAGCCCCCCGAUGGCCAGUGGGUGAAGAAAGGUAGCAAGACCCUGAAGUUCCAGAACAUGCAGGUCCUCCUCCUGGUGAACAUGAAGCGUGUGUCUGAAUCCAGUCUGGAAUCAGCCGAGCCAGGGCCGGUGAAGGACGCCGUGCUGGUACUCAUCAGGGACAAAAAUAACGGGAAGUUCCAUUUGCUCAGGGAGCCCUUGAGGCUGAGUAAUUGCAUCGUCUCCACUGAUCCUGACUGCGAUGAUACUUUUGAACUCAUUGAGAUCAGGCGGGAGGCGUUUGUGUUCCGGGACAGCGACCGGGCACGGACUCACCACUGGUUCAGGCAGAUCAGGCGGUACUCGAGGGAGCUGGGCUCCUGGAAGAAACGUCGGAACGCACUGCCCAACAUCAUGAUCAGCACCCCUCACACCAGGCCCUGAGUCCUGCACGGGCAGCACGCAGGGAGGCUUGGCUUGACCAGUGCCAUUUGCAAAGAACCAUCAAGAGCCUUGGUGGCUGGGACUUGCUGUGCUCCAUGGACAACACAGGGAAGACCCUGGCCCACGAAGACUCUUAGCAGCGCUGGAAGCAAGCAUGACAGCCUGCUUCUGGUCUCCAGCCUCAGGACUCACAACCUGUUUGUGUCUGAUGUACAUAGGGAAGGGCUUCCCUCAAGGAGCAGAUCUCUGGAGGAAAAUACCGAGUUUAACUUGUUAAUAUUGCACUGCGGGAGAAUGAUGUAUGAUGCUUGCCAUUGCAUGGAUUGUGUUGAAAGCCAGUCUUGACAACAUGAGAGAGGUUUCCACUGUUGACUGUAUUUCAUCAGCAUUAGGUAAAGUCAGGGUCAAAAUUAGGUGCAGUAUUAUGCAACAGGGGAGGAAAGCUGGAGAAAAUGAUGGUUUUCCACUGCUGCUCCUAAGGAUUGUAUUUCAUUAUUCACCUCUGUAUAUUCAGUCAAAAUACUUGCUUAAAAAGAAAGGUCUUUCAGCUUUAAUCCAAAUCAAGUAGGUAUCAAUUUGCUCAGAUUCAGCUGCAUGCACACGGCAAAGAAAAAAAAUAAAAGCAGGCAGAAUAAAAGGACUUCUUGCUCUCUGCCACAUACACCCCAAAUACGUGUAGAACCUGUGGAAGACCGGUAUACCCCCGCUGAUUGUCUGUUAUUUAACUGACGUAGGGACUGGAACAUAAUGCUGCAUCUGAAAUAUCUCAGAAGUGUAUGUAAAUACAGCUCUGCUACCACUAAUAGUGAACUUAAAAGUUUGCGAUUAUUUAAAUGAUGUAAUCUAGUGUAUUUCAAAAUUUAACUGAAAGGAACAAUUUACAUUGUACUGUAGAGUAACAUAAAAGGUUUUAAUAAUUAUGUUUCAAUGACUUUA